AUGGCGUCCCAGUAUUAUGACAUCGUCAUUGUUGGCGCCGGCCCUGUUGGCCUGAUGCUUUCCACCAUCCUAGCGCGAUGGGGUUACAAGAUCAAGCACAUUGACAAUCGCGCUGAGCCCACGCCGACCGGCCGAGCCGACGGCAUUCAGCCCCGGUCUCUGGACUUGCUCCGCAACAUGGGGCUCAAGUCGGCCAUCAUGGCCCACAAGCCGGCCCGUGUCUAUGAGGUUGCCUUCUGGGACCCCCCUGCCGAUGGUAAGGGCAUUGUCCGUACCGGUACUUGGGCCAGUUGUCCAGCAUUCAUCGACGCCCGCUACCCUUUCACCACUCUCCUGCACCAGGGCCAUAUUGAGCGCGUCUUCAUCGACGACCUGGCCAAGAACGGGCUGAGCAUCCAGAGACCGUGGACUAUCAAGGCCUUCGAGUCGGAUGCCAAGGCUCACCCGGACUAUCCGGUUCAGGUGCGGAUAGAACACGUCGACGGGACUGCGUCGGAGACGGUCCGCGCAAAGUACCUCUUCAGUGGCGAGGGGGCGAGGUCGUUUGUGAGAGAGCAGCUCAAGAUUCCCGUCACGCACAUCGACCCUAUAGCCCACGUAUGGGGUGUCAUGGACGGCGUUGUCAAAACCAACUUCCCGGACAUCAAGAUGAAAUGUACCAUUCACUCGGAACAUGGCUCCAUCAUGGUUAUCCCUCGAGAGGAUAACAUGGUCAGACUAUACAUCCAAAUCGCGUCCUCGACAGAUGCGGACUGGAACCCCCGCAAAACAGCGACCGAGGCCCAGGUCCAGGCCUCGGCGCAAAAGAUAUUGCACCCGUACACCAUCGAGUGGGAAAGGGUCGAGUGGUACUCGGUCUACCCCAUCGGCCAGGGGAUCUCGGAGAGAUACACCCUGGACCAGCGCGUGUUCCUGGGUGGUGAUGCUUGCCACACACAUAGCCCCAAAGCCGGACAAGGGAUGAACACGGCUUUUCUGGACGCCCAAAACUUGGCUUGGAAGAUCCACGCCGUCGAGAAAGGGUUCGCGGACCGGAACCUGCUGAAAUCGUAUGAAGUGGAGCGGAAGAAGGUUGCCGAGACUCUCUUGUCAUUCGACAACAAGUAUGCCAAGCUGUUCUCUCAAAGACCGCCGGCUGCGAACGAAGUCCAGGCUGCCUCGGACCAGACCUCUGGCUCGGCAUCGCAGGGUGAGAACGAAUUCGUCAAGACGUUCAAGGAGAACUGCGAGUUCACCAGCGGAUACGGCGUUGCCUACGAGGCCAAUGCCAUCAACUGGUCGGACCGGCACCCGGCGCAGUCGCCCUUGAUGAUAUCGACGGGCGGCCCCAUCCGCACAGGCCGCCUGCUCCCCAACGCAGACGUGACCCGGGUAGUGGAUGCGAACGUGGUACACCUCGAGCAGGAGGUGCCCCUCAACGGCUCGUUCCGGAUCUUCGUCUUCGCCGGGGACGCGCAGAGCAACAGAGUGGCGCUGCGGGACUUUGCGCGUAAUCUGACCCGGAGCGGAUCCUUCUUCUCGUCUUACCUCCGGUCCGACAUUGACCAGGUCUCAUGGCAUGAGACACACAACCCUCACAGCCACUUUUUUACUUUCUUGACCAUCUUUGCCGGUGCUCGUAGCUCCAUCGAGAUCGAGCGCGACGCCCCCGAGGUCCUCGCGCGUUACCGUGACCACGUCUAUGCUGAUGACCGGUGGGACCGUCGGGUGGCGAACGCGAAGGCAUCAGCACACGCCAAGAUGGGACUAGACGAGACCAGGGGAGGUGUAGUCGUUGUCCGCCCAGACGGAUACGUCGGGGCUGUCGUGAAGUUGACCGAGGGCAGCGGCACUGUUGAUGCAUUGAACCAAUACUUUGGUGCCUUUUGCACCAAGAAGCUGGGAGAGACCAUGGCUCAGUUGUAG